AGCAAAUUAGCAAAAGGCGGAGAGAGGGGGAAAAGAGAGAGCGAGAGAGAGAGAGAGAGAGAUGGAUUACAACGUAGCAGCGUUGAAGGUGGUGUGCUCGCAGCUGAAGCACGCGCGUGAGGUUCCAAAUCACUCUCAAAGCAGUUACACACUCGGUGGCAUCCUCUUCCAACGCGUUUGGUUGCAGGGCGUUUUGGUCUCCGACACUCCUCUGGUUCUCGAUGACGGCACCGGAGUCAUUGAGCUGUCCGUCGGCCGCGAUUUCCUCCACCGCCAUUGGCAACCUGGGAUGUAUGUGAUGGUAGUUGGAGGUUAUGUUGUCGGUACCGGAGACAUUCCCAUGGUAAAGGUUCAUAAGAUUGUUGAUCUUUCAUCAUGGCCUGAUCGAGAGGCAAUGUGGUAUCUUGAAGUGAUGGAGGCAUAUAAACUCUUCUAUCAGCCUCUUAUUGAAGAUUUCAUCUAAUCCCAAACACAUUAUGAAUCUUGAGCAAUGUAUAUCACUCUAGUCAAAAGACGUGGAAUGAAAAAUAUGUAGUAAAAGCAAGAGAAUAGACUGUGCUAAAUAUUGUUUGCAAUAUUCUUUAGAUGGUUAGUGUUUUUGA